AUGUCAUCACCACCUCCUUACCAAACUCCAACAAACCCUCUCAAACGACAGUCCAUCUCCUCCGCUUCCCAACCUCUCGCCAAGAAGUCUCGCAUGCACCCCCUCCGCCAAACCUCCUUCCCAACCUCUGCCGACGCCGCCGAGCGCGGAUUCGCCGCAACCAGCGAUGCCGGCAGUGUGACAGGCAGUUUCACGGGGAGCAUCGGCGACGCUAGUGCGGACGGGGUAUUUGCCGGCGCGGCACGCGGCAAGAAGCGCGGCCGAAAGAGCAAAGCGGAGAAAGAGCGCGAGCGCGAAGAUGCCUCGCGCAUGGGCUCUGUUGAUGUUGAGGGCGGCUCGGUUAGAGCUGGCCCUGUUGGUGGUGGUGCGGGAGGUCCUGAUGAUGGCGAUGAGGAUGAUGAUGAUGAUGAGGGGGAGCUGUUGGGGAGGGAGGAAGGGACUACUGAUACGGAGGCGGAGAAGAAAAACCUUGCGGUUUUGGUUGAUGCGUUCAAUCCGAUGCAAUCUGAGCGGUACGAUCUGUUCAAGCGUGCGAAGCUGCGGAAAGAAUCUCUUCGUCGCAUUGUCAACCAUGCGCUCUCGCAGUCCGUGCCGGCUAGUGUGGUUACCACGGUGAACGGGUUUACCAAAGUCUUCGCGGGCGAAAUCAUCGAGAAGGCCCGCACUGUCCAGGCUGAAUGGGCCGAUGCGUACGAUCAGGCUUCGCGUGCCGCGUUCGAGGCCGAAGAGGCCGCCGCUCAGACGAAUUCCGCUGCUACACGUUCCAAAGCAGCAGCAACCACCUCUGCUGCUGGAUCGGGAUCAGCCUCUUUUGGCAAUGGGGUAAAGAAAGAGUCUCCAAGUAACGACCGGACAACACCAUCUGCAGCUCCUGCCCACAAUUCUGCCUCACCUUCUCCAUCGUCUUCCUCUCCCGCGCCCCAGAAAACUGGCACGGCAGACUCAAGCGCGAGUCCUGCUCCCGUCCGCCCGAAACGCGAAUUCCGGUCCCCUCCCAAUCCGCAUCGUGGGCAGCUUCUACCUUCUCAUCUUCGCGAGGCGCUCCGCCGUAUCAAGCGCGAUGGAGAGGAUGGUGGCGUGGGGUUUUCGGGUCUGAGUAUGGAAAAUCUUGGGGUCCGGGGUGCAUUUACAUGGAAUUCGGGGAGUGUUGGUGGGCGACGUCUGUUCCGGUGA